UUGAAACUGCACACGUCAUCUUAUAAACGCACGGCCGUGGGUGGGUUAGCGUGGUCUGUAGUCUUAGCGACAACGAUAUGGUCACCAUGAAGCCUUGUGACUGUUCGUGUGCGCGACAGCAUCAUUUAUAUGUCACAAAACUUUCAAACGCGCUCACUAGUCUCUGUAAAACGUCAUGUUCUUAGGAAGAACAGCCAAUUGUUUGUUUCAAAGUACCAGUAUGACGACGAAACUUGAAACCCCCCGGGAAUAAAACCCACAGGAAGAGAGAGAAUGACCCCUAAUUUUAAUUUUAACCCCUCCCUCCCGUUUUUCCUCGGGGGGUGGGUACGGCUACACGUAGGCUAUUUUAAUUUUUGCGGGACACUGAUUCGUGAUUCGCGUGCAUGCAGUCAAUCGGGGUGAGCCCUGAGGAAUUGGUUUCCGUUUGACUUGCUGUGAAUCGAACCGGAUCAACAACAGCAAGUUCUCUUGACCCUCUUGCCUUGUACACUUUUCUCUUAACAGGAGAAGCUUUGUUUCACUGAGCAACAGAGAAUGCCUCAAGAAGCUGAUUCCGUAACCAAGCACUUUGACGAUAUUUUGCGGUAUGUCGGCGAGUUUGGUUUGUGGCAAAAGUUUCUGUAUUUUUCGUCUUGUUUUCUUGUCAUUGUGCCAAGUGCGUUACAGAUAGCCUCACUUGUGUUUGCCACUGGAACACCGAAGUUCCACUGCGUGACACCUAACGUCACGUGCAAGGAGAGCAAGUGUUGUGAAGACUGCACGAGCUACGUUUUUGACGAUUCAUUCACCAGUACCGCGACUGAGUGGAAUCUGAUUUGCGACAAGGCCAACGUUGCCGCUGUUGUUCAGUCGAUAUUUGUGGUCGGCAUGAUGGCUGGAUCUCUCUUCUUUGGAGCGAUAUCUGACUAUUUUGGGAGGAGGUUUUGUCUGUUCUUGUGCAGCGCGCUGGCGUUUGGUUUUAGCAUAUCAUCUAGUUUUGCGGACUGUUUGUCGUUCUUUACAUUCCUUCGUUUCUGCUCGGGUGCGGCCACUGCCGGUCUUUUUGUGGGCCACUAUGUGUAUAUCCUGGAGCUGGUUGGAGUCAGUUAUCGCACUCUGGCGGGAAAAGUUCAGGACAUCUUUUGGGUGAUAGGCGCCUCUAUUAUGGUGCUGAUCGCGUACCUCGUAAGAGACUGGAGACAAGUCCUGCUCAUCGCCAGCUUUCCCGCGGGACUUUUCUAUGUAUUGUGGAGAGUGUUUCCUGAGUCUCUGAGAUGGCUUGUCGCUCAGGGUAGAUUAGAAGUUGCGCAUGGCAUUCUUGUGAAGUACGCUGAGAAGAGCUCCGUGGUGGUGGACUCAGACACCCUCACUUCCAUGCUGAAGGGAUGCCAAGCUGUUGAGACCAGAACUUCAUCGACUCAAAUUCAAAGGUCGCCAUUGGAUCUCGUGCGCACGCCUCGCAUGAGGAAAAGAACAGUGAUUCUUUGCUAUAACUGGUUGGUGUUAAACAUGAUUUUCUAUGGGAUCAUGUUGUAUGUUCCUGGUCUGGCUGGUAAUACGUACCUCAAUAUUUUCCUGAUGUUUGUGAGUGACUUACCGCACACUCCUAUGGCCUGGGUUGUCUUCAAAUAUUUUGGUCGCCGUGUUCCGCACUGCCUGUUCAUGAUGAUCAGCGGUUUCUCGUGUCUUCUUGUACUCACUGUCCCGGAAGAUCUGAAAGGACUGAUAACAGCCUUAGCGUUGAUUGGAAGAUUCUUUGGAUCAGCAUCUUUCUCCAACAUCUACUUAUACAGUACUGAACUUUACCCCACCACUAUCAGGAAUAUGGCUCUUGGUACUUGCUCCACUUUCUCUCGUAUCGGAGGAAUUGUGGUUCCUUUCAUUCUUGCACUGAGUCAGUUACCUGGUGUGUCUGUGACCUUACCUUUGGUCAUAAUCGGUAUCUUGACUCUGAUCGCUGCUGUGGCGUCCCUGUGGCUGCCCGAGACUCUUCUCUCGAACAUGAGUGAAACAGUAGCUGACAUUGAGAGCUCCAGCGAGAGUUAUGGCGUCAUAUGGAUGGGAAAGCCUCGCCCCUGUCCAUUUUCCUUGCCAUGCAGGAGUUGUCAAGACUCAGAAGAACAGAGCGUGUACGUUUUAACAGACAACUCCAAUAAGGACCAUUCAGCGAAGAGCUCAGAAGAGCACGAGGACCCAAAAGAGACUACACCUCUGACCCCUGCAGUAGAUGAGCCACUGGAGACAACACCAAAAGUUUAACGCUCUUGUCCAAGGGUCAAGUUGCUUGAUUUAGUUCUAGAUACUGUGACUUUUUUAUAUAUUUUUGCCUUGAUUAUACAACUACGUCGGUUACAAUUCAAGUAGUGUUCUGGGAGAUAGCAGAAGACCAAGUAUUAAUCAAAUAUAGUUGCAAAAUUGAAAGGGAUUGCUAGGGAAAUAAAAUCAAGGAGGUAACUAUACUGUGGCUAUGUUUAACAAAACUCAUUGCAAAGCAAAGGUUAUCUUACAGGAAAAAUGCAAAAUGGACGAUGUUUCACUUAACAGAAUAAGCCUUCCUCUGCUCCAUUCAAACGCGUGACUAAUAGGUCAUUUUACAGUCGUGUGCUUAGUUACCUGGCCUAUGACUGCAAGCGAGGCCGGAGUUGACCUUGCUUUGAUACAGACCUCUCUGCUUUUCUCAUGUAAAUGCCAACC